AGGUGGCAGUGGUUGGCGUCAAACACGAGACACAGAGUCAAUGGGUUAGGGCUUAUGUCAAAGUGAUAGAUGGGAUGUCUGUUACCGAAGAGGAGCUCAAACAAUAUGUCGCAGAUAAUUUGAAUGAAGCAAAACAAUUGAGAGCCGGCGUUGUGUUUGUGGAUCACAUCCCGCGGACAACAAUCAGAAAAGUCGAUCGAAGAUAUUUCAAACAAUUGAUUGCCAAUGAAUUGAUUAAAAGUCAA